AGCGUGUGUGUGUGUAUAUCUCCUAAACAUGGCGGCCCUCAAAGCUUUGUGCAGAGCGGAGAAUUUACUCUUCAAAAACCUUUCAGGUCCCGUCACAACAAAAUUUAACGUCGCUCAUCUUCAAUUGAGCAAGACUUCCGGCUGUUACUUUUCAACCUCCAGCCACCGAAAUUCACAGUUCUACUCAGAUCCCACAGAGGCAGUCAAAGAUAUCCCAGAUGGAGCUACUCUCUUAGUUGGAGGCUUUGGAUUAUGUGGCAUCCCAGAGAAUCUGAUCAACAGUUUACUCAAGACCGGUGUUAAAGGUCUUACCGCAGUAAGCAACAAUGCAGGAGUGGAUAACUUUGGCCUGGGUCUGCUGCUCCAGACUAAGCAGAUCAAGAGGAUGAUCUCUUCGUAUGUCGGGGAGAAUGCAGAGUUUGAGCGUCAAUAUCUGGCGGGGGAGCUGGAAGUUGAGCUGACACCACAGGGUACGCUCGCAGAGCGGAUCAGGGCAGGGGGUGCUGGGAUUCCAGCCUUUUUCACAGCCACCGGCUAUGGCACACUAAUCCAAGAGGGGGGCUCUCCUAUUAAGUACAACAAAGAUGGGAGUAUAGCCAUCGCCAGCGAGAAGAGACCGGUGCAGGAGUUUAAUGGCCGGCACUACAUCAUGGAAAAGGCCAUCACUGGAGACUUUGCACUAGUCAAAGCAUGGAAAGCUGACAGGGCUGGAAAUGUUAUUUUCAGGAAAACAGCCAGGAAUUUCAACCAUCCGAUGUGCAAGGCUGCCAAAACCACCAUAGUCGAGGUGGAGGAGGUGGUGGACGUUGGGACCUUUGCUGAGGAGGACAUCCACAUACCCAGCAUCUACGUCCACAGGAUCGUCAAAGGAGGAAACUAUGAGAAAAGGAUUGAGAAACGCACAGUAAAGAAAAGCGGAGCAGAGAAACCCAAACCAAAGAAGGACUCAGACAUUGUUCGUGAAAGGAUCAUUCGCAGGGCUGCUCUGGAGUUUGAAGAUGGAAUGUAUGCCAACCUUGGAAUUGGUAUCCCCAUGCUUGCCAGCAACUUUAUAAAACCAGACAUCACGGUUCACCUCCAAAGUGAAAAUGGAAUUCUGGGAUUGGGCCCUUACCCUACUGAAGAUGAGGUGGAUGCAGACCUGAUUAAUGCUGGGAAAGAGACUGUCACUGUGCUUCCUGGGGCCUCCUAUUUCUCCAGUGAUGAGUCAUUUGCCAUGAUUAGGGGAGGUCACGUCAACCUGACAAUGCUGGGAGCCAUGCAGGUGUCAAAACACGGGGACCUAGCCAACUGGAUGAUUCCUGGUAAGAUGGUAAAAGGAAUGGGAGGAGCCAUGGACUUGGUGGCUAGCGCGGGAACCAAGGUGGUGGUCACCAUGGAGCACUCAGCUAAGGGAGGAAAACACAAGAUUUUGGAAAAAUGCAGCCUGCCUUUGACAGGAAAGCAGUGUGUGGACCGGAUCAUCACAGAGAAGGCGGUGUUUGAUGUGGAUAAGACAAAAGGCCUGACACUGAUAGAAGUGUGGGAGGGGCUCACUCCUGAGGAUAUCAAGGCAUGCACUGGCACCGAUUUUGAGGUGUCCCCUAACCUGAGGUCCAUGCAGCAGAUCUAGAGGAGCUCUAAUAGGAUCUGAGGAGCGUUUUUUCAUUUCUCUGGUGUAAACAGUUGGUGUUUAGUAGCCUGAGAUGGGGCAAAUAAGCUGAUGACAUACAAAUGAGUGGUUCAGUUUCUUAUUAAUCAGCAUGCAGACAUCAGAAGGAUUUACUUCUCAGUUAAAUUCACUUAAAGGAAUUCACAAAUGCAUGAGGGGUUUUUCUCUGUGAUCUGAUCUGACAAACAAAAAGGGAAUUUUACAUUGCUGCCUAUUAAACCAUUAAGUUAUUAACUUUUUCUAAUUUUUGUACAGCCAUUACUAAAUAAUCCAUCAGAUCACAUAAAAACUGGUCAGAUUGUCACUUCACUAGUCCUAUGAACAUAAUGGGUGCAAACAUUUAAAGAUGAAUCAAAGUUACUGUAGAUGAAAAUGUUACUGUAUCAAGUUUUAAAGAGCUAAGACAUAAAGAAGUAUGUGCUGUAUGCCAGACUAUUCUUAAUUCAGCACAGAAGGAAAAUUGUAUUUAGUUGUUUAAACUUGUGUCACACCUAGUAACAAAUACAUAAAUGAAUGUAUAUUUCUAGAAAUAAUGUCAAACUAAAACAUGUUUGUAGUAAUCAGCCCCACCAGAGUGUCAAGCGGUUUGAUAUCUCUUCUCUCUCGGCCUCUGCAAUCAAACCUUACAUUUGAGCCAGAAACAAAAUGAGGCCUUAACAUUUUGUACUCAGACGUUUGCCGUCCCCUUCCUUCCCUUUGUAAAUAAAAUAAAAGACAACCUUG